AUGAAUAAUAAUAGAAAUAUUUUUCCAAAAAAUUUAAUUUCUUAUAUGAUAGAAAAUACAAAAUUUGGAGAACUUGAAGCUGGCUUCUCUAAAUUUAUAGAACCUUUUAGGAAUAACAACACAAAAGAACCUUUAAAUGAUCAAUUUGUCAUGGUUGAUCGUGAAGGUAAUCAAGUAGUCGUUGAAGACCAUCAAAAUGAUGAUGAAAUAGGUGAAAAAAACAAUCAAGAAGUUGUCGGAGAACAUCAUGGUGAAUAUCAAUCAGAACCACUACCACAACAACCAAUUGUUGGUGAUGAGGAAAGUUUUGAUCAAAAUGGUAAUCCAUAUAUUCCACUCAAUGAAGAAUCAAAUACAAAUGUCCAACCAAAGAUAACUAAAGGCGACUGUUUCGAGGUCUUAUUUACUUCUUAUUUGUUUUUGGGUUGCAAAAAAGGAUAUGAGUUCUUUGGCCAAUAUUGCUCAUGGAUUAAGGAAAAAUUAGGGGCAAUGGCCUACUCUAUUAUCAGCUUCUUCCAAUCAAUGGGAAGUAUGGUUUUGGAAAGUGCUUCAAAACUCAAAAAAGCAAUGAUAAAACUAUCCUAUGUUUUUAGAAACAUUUUUAGAAAAGUACAUCCUCAUUCACUUUAA